AUGCAGAGACAUUAUGUCAUGUACUAUGAGAUGUCCCAUGGCCUGAACAUUGAAAUGCACAAGCAGGCAGAGAUUGUCAAGAGGCUGAGUGCCAUCUGUGCCCAGAUUGUGCCCUUCCUGACGCAGGAGCACCAGCAGCAGGUCCUGCAGGCAGUGGAACGGGCCAAGCAGGUGACGAUGGGGGAGCUCAGCAGCAUCGUUGGGCAGCAGCUUCAGCAGCUCUCCCACCACACAUCCCACCUGCUGCUGGCAUCCCACCCCUCCAGCCCGAGCGGGGCCAGCGGCUCCACGGGGCUCCUGGCACUCCCGGGGGCACUGGUGGCACAGACUCCGCUGGCCACCAAGGAGGACAGAGUGGCCCAGGAUAGGGAGAACAGAGGUAAGGGGAAGAAGCACCCCUGGAUUAACCCUUUGAAGGCUGAUAUGGACACUGGACACUCUCCCUGCUGCUCAACUCCAGAGCACACCCCAAGCCAGAGCGUUUCUGCUUCCCCUCCUGAGAGGCUGCAGGAGGAGCGGACGGGGCUGAAACGGAGGUGGGAGGAGAAGGACCUUCCUGAGCAUUCUGAUAGCGAUGGGGACAAGAGUGACUACAACCUCGUAGUGGAUGAGGACCCUCCCCCAGAGCCUGGCAGUCCCCCCUGCUCGCCCAGCACUCGACUGGCACCAGCUCACCUGGAGAUGCCCAAGAGCUCAACCUCCACCACCUGCAGCGUGGGCAUGAGGGACCAGAGCCCGACUGACCCUCUGGACACUGCUCCCACCUCCAAAUCCUCUGCUUCCUCACCACCCCACGACUCCUUCACACACAGCCCUGGGCCCAGCUUGGCCAUCCUGCUCGGGCAGUGUCCUGCCAAGGUGCCCACCACCACCGACACCGGCGGUGAGUGUCUGGGCAUGGUGGUGUUUGAGUCUCACCCUCACCUGAGGGCUACCACCAUCUCAUCUUCACUGUCCACCACCCCCGGAGGAAAACUCGGAGUGGUGGGGAUGGAGAGCAGCAACGUGGAGAUCCUGCACGUCACCAAACCCGACAAGUACCAGCUGCACCUCCACGAGAGCUGUGUCCUCUCUCUCAAAUUCACCUCCUGUGGGAAGUGUUUUGUGAGCACGGGGAAGGUGAACCUGCUGCAUGCCUGGUGGACACCCCAUGGAACCAGCAUCUUCCAGUCUGAGUCCUCAUCAGUCCUGACCUGUGACAUCUCUGUCAAUGACAAGUUCAUUGUUAAGGGCUCUGGUGACAGUCACGGGGAGCUGGACAAGGCCUGA